AACGGUCCGAAGCCGGCGAAGAAAGUAGCGUGACUGCCGUGAGUUUAGUCGAGAGGAUAUCGCCCUAUGUAUGGUGUAGAGUGUGUCCUGUGACUCCGAACCGCACUGGCACAUGUUGGGUGUGAACAACAGUCCCGUGUCUGUCUGUCUGCGUUGUGUGUGCAAACCGCCACCUCCUGAGCUGGUCGUUCGCAGCUAAACAAAGGUUGUAGCAUUGACGUGACAGUCGCAUCAGCGAGAGUUGCAGGCCGUCGUGUUAGACGUGCGAGGCUACUCCAGACGGAGAGAGAGAGAAACUCACUGUUGGCUCGAAGCACCAACGCCGAUUUCACGGUGGUGGCUGAAGCGCUGUGUGGACUUCAGAAGUUCAGCAGGGCUGGGGACGGAUUUCACGCUCUAUUACACCUCGACCGCAGUCUCACGCGGGUCGGAAAGGAGCUCUCCUGCAUCGCAAGCCAGCGCCGAGGACAGUUGUCCUCUGGGACGCUAGCUGAACGGUCGCUCACUCGCUUGCAGAGUAGAGUGCGCGUGUGUGUAAAGCACAAGCAACGCCACUUCAUUGCUCGUUGCUGCAAGCGCAGAAGGUGCCGUGUUGUGUUAGUGAACGUGUCUGUAGUUUGUUAGGUAACCCUGUAUACCGAGCUCGUCUUCCUCUCUCAGCGUCGAACGGACGUCAGAACCCGUGAGUGGCAGGAGCGGGGGGAGCAAGGCUGACCCAGCUGCCACACUGCCCUGCUGCCAGCCUCUGCAAAAAGCCCUACUCCAAGUCCUACCUCUCAACAGUCCCCCAUCACCAUGGGAAACUGCAUAUCGACUGCUGACAAGAAUGGACAACGUCACAGUACAAAGCGGACUCCUUAUGAGACUGGUGCACUACGCACGGACGGACAACUUGUCAACAAGGUUCUACUCCUAGGUGCCGGAGAGUCUGGCAAGAGCACUGUGGUACGGCAAAUGAAGAUUAUCUACAGUGGCGGGUUCUCAUACGACGAACUCAUCGAGUACAAGCCCACCAUCCUAGCUAACCUAGUGACAUCAAUGCAGGUCGUACUCAACGGUGCCGGUGCUCUCAAGAUCCGCUUGGAACAGCAGCAAAGUGCACAUCAUGCACGGAUCAUUCUAGCCGCAACAGACCCUGUGGACGAGGGUGGUGACCUGCUACCGGACCUCCGCAUCUCUCUAGAUCACCUAUGGAAGGAUGGCGGCGUACGCGAAUCCUUCAAGAAAGCACACGAGUACGAACUGAACGACUCCGCACCAUACUACUUUAGUCAAAUGCAGCGGAUACUUCGCGAUGACUACCGGCCAAACUUAGAGGACGUGCUUCGGGCCCGAGUGCGGACGACGGGAAUAUCCGACACGGAGUUCAUCGCAAAGGGUGUACUAUUCAAGAUCAUCGACGUCGGAGGCCAGCGCUCUGAAAGACGGAAGUGGAUACAGUGUUUUGAAGAUGUGAAGACGGUGAUGUUUGUGUGUGCCAUCAGUGGCUAUGACACACACCUGUACGAGGAUGAAACACAGAAUCGUCUCAAAGAGAGCCUGGAUCUAUUCAAGGCAAUCAGCAACAAUCGAUUCUUCCUCGACUCGUCAAUGGUAUUAUUUCUGAACAAGAUGGAUUUGUUCCGACAUAAGAUCAUGAACACCCAGAAUCAGCUGAAGAGGUUCUUCCCGGACUACGAAGGGCCGGCAUUCAACGUCGAGGAAGCCGCCAAGUACAUCCAGAACGAGUUCUUCAAGCGCAAGCCGUACCCGUCACAGAUUGUGCACAUGCAUUACACCAUGGCAACGGACACGGCCAAGAUGAAGGUAACCCUGGACGACGUGCUGGAAAACAUUGUACGCGAGACGCUUAACCGCAUCAGCACCAAUCUACUGUGACCAUGGCAACAACCUACGACGAUAACGACGCCAUGGAAACGCGACUUGAGUAUUCAAACACGAAAUGAGUGGAGCCAGCCGAUCGACUGCAGCAGACAAACGGAGAUGGCUUGGCAUGAUGGGAAAUGCACUCCAAGUCAGUGCUUCGCAAAUCGCAGGCUGCCAACAGCAGGAGGCGAUGGCAGGUGGUCGGUCAAAGAAAUUCUAUGGCCGCCGACAGCUGUAACUCAGCAUCGCAGCUACAACUAAGCUACCACACCACCUUGACGAAGAGAGGAGAGGAGUGUGAUCUCCUUCUCUCCAGAUGAUGUACAUGAAUAUAUAGUGUGCGGCGGAGUGAGACCAACAGUGUAUGUAAUAUAGACGCCUGUACAUUGCAGCCACGUGUAAAUAGCCGCGCCCGCGACCGACGAUGCCAGAAUUGCCAAAGGUGAUUCAUGGCGGCCAGAAGCAACUGACUGGCAAACCAACGAUAUAUUCUGUCUUUGCCUAAAUUGAAGUGCCAGAAAAACUAUUUUAAUAUAUUCAAUUUACUCUCCAUGUCUGGACAAUUGCCCCAUACCCCUGGGACAAUCACCCAUGCCCGUUGAAUAGUAUCGCUAUCAAAUUUAUGUGUAUAUGCUGAUCAAAUGUAGAACAAUAUUUCCUGUUACCAUGCCUACUACAGCUUGCUGCAUGCCGUUCUUCCAACACUCGCUGCCACCCCCAAUGGAACUGGACUUAUCUUGAAGAUUUCGUUUCGGCUGAUAAUACAAACGUUGCAGGCUUUGUUGCGCGGUCCACCAUGAAUCUGGAAAAUGUCAAUAAUCCUAAACAAAACUA